CAACAGCAACUUAACAUAGCAUUGUGUUUGGUUGUUGUCUUAGCUAAUUUCAGACUGCAGAGACAAAUAACAAUUUAUGCUAAGCUUGAGUUGUACUUAAAAUAGUAUUUAACAGUUUAGAUCAGCUACGUAAUAGGUUUAUGUCUUAGCUACAGUUGAUCGAAGCAAAAAUUUCAAUUCAAUUCAAUUAUGUGUGCUUGAGUUAGUGAAUUAAAAGUUAACAGAGUUCCACAUUUGGUUAUUGUCUUAGUUACGUUUGAGCUGAACUUUAAUGAAAAUGGGUUUUGUCUUAGCUAAAUUUGAGUUUGUUUCAAAUAUAUUUUAACACAUCCCUCAUUUGGUUAUUGUCUUAGCUAAGCUCAAGCUUUUGAUUUAUGUUAAGCAUUUCCACAGCAUUCGAGCAACUUCUUAAGCUUCAAUCUAAGAGUCAUACAAAAUGCUGGUCAAGACACAUUUAGGCCAAGGUUGGCCAGCAGCACAGAUUAACCGCACACACACACAGUGAUAACAGGACCAGAUGGCAACGCUCACUAAUCGAAUGCGCAUACGUGACCUAUCAGCGCUGCCCCGAUUGCCUUUGGCUAUGGACGACGUGACCAAAGGCCAGCGAAGAGCACGCAUAAAGCCAUGCCAUGAGCAGCAUGAGCGCGCGCUCUUUGAAGACGCGCUCUCAACGCUUAAGCUCUUUGAAUAUUUCGAGCUCUUUUUUUGCAGUUGCUUGGCCGGUUCGAAGCUGGAGAAGCGGGAGAGUGCGGUCUGUGUAAUUGUGCGAGCGUGUGCUUCUGUGUGCGUGUGUGUAAGUUGGACUGCCUGCACGGCAACAACAGUUGUUUGGCCAGACAACAAUAACAACACCAACUAAAUGCAAUAGCUAAAAACGUGGCUAACAAACAACAACUGCAAAAAAAAUGCAGUGCAUAAAUGAGGCCUGUUUUGUUGUUGUCGUUGUUUGUUUAUAGCAUCGAGCAAAAGCGAACAUAACCGGCUAUUGCUUGUUGUUGUCGCUGCCGGAUCGAGUUGACAACAACAUAAAUGCACACACACUCUCUCACACACUCACGCAUAUACGCAUAUAUAAGUGCUCAUAUACUUAUGUACAUACAGACAUAUGUACAGACAGAUAUACAUACUUAUAUUUAUACUGUGUGUGUGCGCAGUGCAAACAGCGUAAUUUGAGCUGUUGAGGUCUUCUCCCUUAUGCAAUCAGCGUUUCAUAUAUCUUUCAAUCAUCUUGAGUCUGACAAAUAACAGAAAAUAAUAUAUUAUUUCCAGAAAAUAUGUGAGUUAAAAAAUU